UCCCUGCGCAGGCAAUGGGGCAAAUGUGUUAACGCAGAAAAUUCAAGAUGAAGAAGCAGUUCAAUCGGAUGCGACAGCUCGCCAACCAAACGGUGGGAAGGGCAGAAAAAACAGAGGUGUUAAGCGAGGACCUUCUACAGGUGGAAAAGCGUCUGGAUCUGGUCAAACAGGUGACGCACAGCACUCACAAGAAGCUGACUGCCUGCCUGCAGGGUCAGCAGGGCACUGAUAUGGAGAAGAGAUCUGUCAAGUCACCGUCUAAAAAACUACCGCUCACAAUCCUGGCACAAUGUAUGGUAGAGGGAGCUGCAGUGUUAGGGGAUGACUCUCUCCUGGGGAAGAUGCUGAAGCUGUGCGGGGACACAGAAGAGAAGUUGGCUCAGGAGCUCAUCCAAUUUGAGUUCCAGAUAGAAAGAGAUGUGGUGGAGCCUCUAUAUGUGCUUGCUGAAGUGGAUAUUCCCAACAUCCAGAAACAAAGAAAGCACUUAGCUAAACUUGUCUUGGACAUGGACUCCGCACGGACAAGAUAUCAGCAGUCGUCCAAGUCAUCCAGUCAUCCGAGCACUCUGCAGCCUGGCGCCAAGUCCGAGUCCCUCAGAGAGGAGAUGGAGGAGGCAGCCAAUCGAAUGGAGAUUUGUAGGGAUCAGUUGUCAGCAGAUAUGUACAAUUUUGUGGCCAAAGAAAUAGACUAUGCAAACUACUUCCAGACAAUGAUAGAAACACAGGCAGAGUAUCACAGGAAGUCAUUAGAGAUUCUUCACAGUGUCUUGCCCCAGAUUAAAGCUCACCAAGAGGCGUGGGUGGAGAAGCCAUCAUUUGGCAAGUCUCUGGAGGAACACCUGAAUAUUAGUGGGAGAGAGAUUGCCUUCCCCAUCGAAGCCUGUGUCACCAUGCUGUUAGAGUGUGGCAUGCAAGAGGAGGGCCUUUUCAGAGUUGCUCCGUCAGCCUCCAAGCUGAAGAAGCUGAAAGCCUCUCUGGACUGUGGAGUUCUGGAUGUGCAGGAGUACUCCUCUGACCCACACGCCAUCGCAGGGGCUCUGAAAUCAUACCUCCGUGAGCUCCCCGAGCCAUUGAUGACCACUGAACUUUAUGAUGAAUGGAUUCAGGCUUCCAACAUUCAAGAUAUGGACAAGAGACUACAAGCAUUAAUGGCAGCGUGUGAAAAACUCCCCACAGACAACUUGAACAAUUUCAGAUAUCUAGUUAAAUUCUUAGCCAAGCUGAGUGAGUAUCAAGACGCAAACAAGAUGACACCCGGUAACAUGGCGAUUGUCCUUGGCCCUAACUUGCUUUGGACGCACACUGAACCGAACAUGACAGAGAUGAUGACCACUGUUUCACUACAGAUUGUUGGCAUCAUUGAGCCUAUUAUCCAGCAUGCUGACUGGUUCUUCCCUGGAGAGAUUGAAUUCAACUUGACAGGCAGCUAUGGCAGCCCGAUCCACACCAACCACAACUCCAACUACAGCUCCAUGCCUUCACCAGACAUGGACCAAUCUGAGCGCAAGCAGCAGCACGACCAAAGCCGACGCCCACUAAGCGUCGCAACUGACAACAUGAUGCUGGAGUUCUACAAGAAGGAUGGCAUUAGGAAGAUACAAAGUAUGGGUGUUCGGGUCAUGGAUACCUCCUGGGUGUCUCGGAAGGGCUCAUCCACACUGGCACGCAAGACCUCCUCUACCCCGCCAGGCAUACAAGGCCCGAGCUCCCCCGCAGACACACUCAUCCCCGAGCAGCCCGGAGAGCUCGCCACCUCCCCAUCCGCGACACCGCCGCCCGGAGAAAGGGUUGGCUCAGACAACGUGUCGCCCAAUCGGCCGGACACCUCUCAUGCCCACCCACCCCCAGGGGAGGACCGGCCACCCCCCCCUUACCCCACCUCCUCGUGCCACGCUGCCCCCCACCACUUCUAUCCCAAACCCCCACCCUGCGCUCGCCCUGUAGCACCGGGUCCAGAGUCCCAGCCCCCUGCCUCACCCCCGCCUCCACUACGCUGGUCUGGCUUCAUUCCCCCUGCCCCGCCCCCUUCCUCCUCUUCUUCCUCCUCCUCCUCGUCACUUGACAUCAAUUCGAAUCCCAAACCCAGCUGUCUGCACUUCCCCAAGCACAGCCCGCCUGGUGAUAUGUCGCAUGCCCCCCCACCAGACACUAACGCUUCACCACUCUACAUCAAAACCCCCUUGGUACUAACCCGCCAUGACCAGUCCCUUGGCAAUCCCCCUAGCCUCCCUUCUUCCGCGCCCCCGCCCCCACCGUGGGCUGCCUGUCCAUGUGCCCGAGAGAGAGGACCCCCCAGGCUGACUAGUUCAUUGAAGAGUAAAGAGCUUUCCCCUGUAAUUGGACACAAAGCCAUCCAGGUGGCAGGUCCAACAGUCCCCCCCAACAGUAGUCCCCAGAGCUGCAGCCAGUCCCCCCACUCAACAGAGCACAGUCCACACACCCUGCGCAAAGGUUCCAAGAAGUUGGCCCCUGUGCCUCCCAAGGUCCCCUACGGCCAGUCUGGUGGGAUGUCCGACCAGUCGACAGGUCAGCCGUCACCAGUCAGCCUGUCCCCCACCCCUCCUAGCACCCCCUCCCCUUAUGGACUGGCCUGCCCCCCUGGGCAAGUGCCCCCAUCCUCCCCUGGCCAGACCCCAUUGGGGGCACCUCACUCGCUUUCGUCCCCGCCCUCCCUGACCGGAACGCUCACCAAGUCGCGGCCUGCCCCUAAGCCUAGGCAGAGACCCAGUCUGCCCCCUCCUCAGCCGCCCACAGCCCCCCCAGGGUUCACUGGCUCGGCCACAACCCCAGUGCCCCAGCCCCUGGAACAGGGCCUUCUGGAUGGACUGUCUCCCGGGGAGAGCAUGUCUACAGAUAUCUUCAAUUAUGAAAUCCCCUCCAUCAAUGUCAAUCUGGACAGCCUCAUCGAUGAGUUCAGCGGUGCCCCCUGCAGGAGGUCCCUGGCAGUGACAGACUCUCCAGAGGGGGAUGCUGUGCCUGAGGAGGAACCCCAGAGCACCACUCUAUGACCUAAGACCCUAAGGCAUCACAGCUUACCAGCACCCCUAUGGCUGUACAUACUCUUAACUGUCACCGCCAAGGCCUGAUGGAAACACCAAUUGGCCUCACCAAUGCCCACCUGAAACCAGAACUUGAACCCUCCCUCAUAUCUGCUACAGGCUGCAAAGAAACUUCUCUCUUACAAUUGCUCGCUAGUACAUAAAUGUGACUACACAAAAAAAAAAAAACACCAAAAUGCCAUAGUGGAGGAACAGUUGCCUUUAGGAGGAAAGACUGGAAUACAGAUGAGUAUUAAAUUAAAAGAUUUUUUAACUGUUUCCUUUUUUUCCGCUUUUCGCUUUGUUCAUCUUUGUUGUUUGAUGCAGUGAUCUGUAUUUCUGUGAAUUUUUAAUUUCUUUUUGCCUUAUUAGAACAUGCAAUCAAAUUGCAAUAUGAUAUUCACAAGUUGUACAACUUUUGGUUAGGGAAACUCAGAGCCUGACAUGGUUAGGAGCAAAGCCCAUCCUCAGGGUGAAACAGAGAGACAGAGUGAGAGAGUAGUCUUGUUAUAUUGCUCACAGGGUAUUCAAGCUAUGUGCACAUUAGGAAAAUGCUGAGCCCUAGAGACAGGUUUCGCAUGCAGGAUGAAACAUUUAAUGUAAUUUAAUUAUUAUUGGCACCUCCAGUUUUGACUUCCCCUCUUCUAUCACACAUUACAACUGUAGUUCUUUAUCUGAUAUUUACCUGCAUACAGGUAAACUCACUUUAACUCACUUUGUACCAGCACAGUAUGAGAAGAAUGUUAUUGUAAAUUCAAAUUUUUGAACUUGCAUCUGUUACUCAGUUAUGAAGACAGCACCACGAUGUGUUUGCAUGACAAGCCAAUAUGAACAAACUGCUUUUGGAUCAAGGGCCUCAGAAUGGCAGUGUUUUAUUUGGUGUGAGUGUUUUUUUUUGUUGUUGUGUUCCUUGGAGAGUAAAUUUUGACCAUCCAUGUGCUGUUACAGUUUGAUGAUAAUGGAUGGAUGACUACUACACUGCCUUUAGGUUCAUAUGUUCUCUCUCUUAACCUUGUUUCAAGUGCUUCAGGUUCAGUGACCUUUGACCCCUAGUGUAAAUACAAAGACUGUACAUAAAUUGAUGUAUAUAAAUCUGAGAGGAAAAGUAUAUGUAAAAUGCAUAUCUUGGAUAUAUAUAAUAAUGAUAUACAGUAUGUGCUGAUAUUUAUCAUGUGUAGAAAGUGUAAUGAUUAAAAAUUUGAUGUUAUUUUUGUCCCUGCACACAUUUAACAGGUUUACUGUAGAUUCAUAAUGUUUCACUUUAACACCAGGUAACAAAGAUGCUGCAGCAGAAAUGCAGAAUAUUAUUUCUGCUAGAAAUCAGUUGUGGUCUUUCUAGUUCUGUCUCCUGAGCUUUGACUUCAAACAUGCAAGAGUACUAAUGAGUUGCACACCAAUGCCCUAUCUUUUUUAGCUUUUCAAUCAGUGAUUUAAUAGAUACCUGUGUAAAUAAUUAGAUUACUUUGAGCUUGUUUGGACCAGUUAAUUGUGUCAUAAUGAGGGUAAAUAUAGUCCAUAGGUUAUAUUGUUGGACUGACUAUAGCGAAGACAAAAUAUUUGCUUAUUCAUUAGAAAAGCUGAUGCAUAGUCAAAUUUGGCACAACGAUCACUUCUAAAUGUAAAAUUGUUCUGUUCGGUAUUCUCACUAUUCUCACAGACAAUAAAUUAGACUAUUUCAAAUUCAUCACAUAACAGAUGCUGCAGUGUCACUUUUUUUUAAAUUUCAUUCAAAACAUCUUAGGGCGAUAAUUUUGUCAAAGUGCAAUUACAGUGUUUACUGAUCCACCUCAAUCCAAAAGUGGUCAAAGUUACCUUUCCCAAAAGUACAGAAAAAGCCAUUAAUUUUAUUGCAAAGCAAAUAAUUUCUUUUUCUUUUUUUUUUUGUUAAUUUGUUUUAUGUGAGAAUUUACUUCUGACAACAUUAGUUCUUGAUUAACCUCUCUCAAAAGUGAUCUAUGGUAUGCCUCGGUGUGUGUUCUCAAUGAAUAUGUUUAUGAAGAUUUUUGGUGAUGUUGAUAAUUAUAUUGAUAGUUGUGGUGAUUAUAUGACAACAAUUGCAAGUGCCCUCACACUGGUUGUUAUUUUGGAACUAUAGGCAUAAUCAAUGUGUACUAGAGGUUUUAUUUUCUGUGCUGGAUCCAUACAUUUAUACGAGGAGGCAGGGGUGACUGUCUUUGUGUGCUGACUGAAUGUGACUCACUCAGAUAUCAAAGGGUAUAGGCUACCUGAUUUUGUAAUAAAUAACAGGCAAAUGAGAGCUUGUGUAGGGAUGAGGGUAAAUUAGGGCCUGUUGGCAUGUACUAUUAUCAGAACAGGGCAGUAUUACUGUAAUGCUUUUGUGCGUCAUAACUGGAACUUAAAGCCACCUAAAUGCAUGCAUUCAUAUUCAUUAUUGGUGUAAUUAUUAUGCUGCUGAAAAGAAAAACUCCCCUAAAAAACCCUCCCCUAAAACAAAAGGCAUAGUUUCAUCACAUGUCAACAUUUUCGGAGUAAUUUAACUUUUUCAAAGCCUUUUUCAAAGCAUAUUCAUAGGAGCCACCUUUUGCACCAAAUGGUACACUGUCACAAAGUUUUACCAAGCAUUUUAAAUGCAGUAGGCCUGCAUUUCCUAACUCACUUCACCACCAACAUGUUGGUGUAAAGUAAAGCUCAGUUUGUUUACAUUUUGGGGGG